AUGGCGCACACGGCGGCAAUGCAGGCGGGCGGCAGUUCGGCCGCGGCGGCCGCUCGUGCCGAUAGUACGCACAUCAGCGGCGGUCGGUACGACUUCGAAGAUGGCGGAACGUUCUGUGGCGGCUGGGAGGACAACAAGGCCCACGGCCACGGAGUUUGUACGGGUCCAAAGAACAAGGGUGCUUAUUCCGGAGCAUGGCAUUACGGUUUCGAAGUAUCGGGGAUAUAUUGUUGGCCAAGUGGAUCCACGUACGAGGGACAUUGGCAAAAUGGUAAAAGACAUGGGCUGGGUAUUGAAGUUAGAGGCAGAUGGGUGUACAGGGGCGAAUGGACGCAAGGUUUCAAGGGCCGCUACGGUGUGCGACAAAGUGCAUCGUCGACGGCCCGAUACGAGGGCACAUGGGCCAACGGUCUACAGGAUGGCUACGGCUCGGAGACAUACGCCGACGGAGGAAGCUACCAGGGACAGUGGCAGCGUGGCAUGCGGCACGGAUACGGCGUCCGCACGUCGGCACCGUUCGGGAUGGCGGCCCGGUUUCGGCCAAAGUCGGUCCGCGUGUCGAUGACGUCGCUGCGCAGCACCGACGGUGCCGGUGGCAACAAUCAGGCUCCGACGCCGGAUCCGGGCGAAAAGCGCAGCCACCGGAUCGACGAUGCCCGCGGUGGCUUCGUGCUGAAGGCCAAAUCCGACGAGACCCCGGUCCGGCGGAACAGUUUAGUAGAGAAGACGAAAAAAGGACUUUUAUCGGGACUCAAAAUUAGGAAACAAAAAAGUACAGGUGACUUGGAGAAACGAGGCACGGGCACGGGUAGUAUUCGGUCCACGGCAUCGACAGCAUCCUGGUUGAGUACGGAAUCAUCACAAUCGGGAAUGACAAAUAAGACAAUGCACACGGAUUCCAACGCAAGCUUUAUAGUAGAGGACGAGCAGCUGGACGCGAGCGUCGUAGAAACGUACAUGGGCGAGUGGAAGAAUGACAAACGGUGUGGAUACGGUAUUUCGGAGCGUAGCGAUGGAUUAAAGUACGAAGGCGAGUGGUAUGCGAAUAAGAAGUACGGUUACGGUGUGACUACGUUUAAGGAUGGCACCAAGGAGGAGGGCAAAUACAAGAACAACGUGCUGAUCACGAGCCAGAAGAAGAAGCACCUGUUCCUGAUCCGCUCGGCCAAGUUCCGGGAGCGGAUAGACGCGGCGGUCGACUCAGCCCAGCGCUCCUCGAAGUACGCGCUCCAGAAGGCCGACAUUGCGAUAUCCCGCACGGCGACCGCCCGCGGAAAGGCGGAGCUGGCGGACGCGGCCGCGGACGAGGCGCGAGCCGAGUCGGACCUGGCGAUCCGGAUCGCGCGCGAUUUCGCGCCCGACUUCAAUCCGUCCCUGCUGGAGCGGUUCGAUCGCUUGCGGCGUACCAACCGGGCUUACCCACUGCCGGACAGUGCGAAGCUGACCAUGGGCCCGAUGGGCGCCGGCCAGGACGAGUACGGUGCGCACCACCAGCUGAACCACAGUGGCGCCAAGAAGGACGUCGAGCUGGCGAACAUGAAGAACGCGCUCAACAGCCCGUUCUCGAUGGGGCACAUGAACGCGACGAACCAGCGCAUGUCGGGCUACUACGACCAGAAGGGACCAAACGGACCGGGGGCCAACAACAUGCAGCAGUCCCAGAUGGGACCGUACGGGUCGUCGAUGGGAGCGCAGGGUCCGCACGAUAUGCACUCGGCGGGCUCGCGGCUAAUAGACGAUGGCAUGCAGUCGAUGUACAGCAAGCCGGGCCAGGGUGGCCCCGGUCAGUACGGUAGCUCGGCCGCGGCCUACUAUGGCUCGAGCGCGCCAGCGAAGGGCCCCGCCAAUCUGCCCGGUGGGAUGAUGUCGAACGCGAAACUUUCCUACGAACAGAGCUUACAGGCACGGGACGAGAUGGCGGGUGGCAUGGGUGGCAUGGGUGGCAUGGGCACGAGUCCCAGGAGAAACUCGACGCUACAGUCGGCGCAGUCCUCGGGCAUGUACGGUGAGCCACCGAAGAUGGCGAACGCAUCCCGCACGGCUCCGUCGCUCGGAGCCAUCGGCAGCCAGUCGUCGAUAGACUAUUUUGACCACUACAAGCGACCCCCUAGCAGAGACGGCUCGGUCGAUCGAUACACGCGGGCGGCCAGUAAGCUUGGCGGUGCCGGUUCGUCGCGCCAACCCUCGGUGGAAAAGACGACGGGCAUUGGCAGCUACGGCAUGGGAAACUCGACCGGUCUCGACCGUGGCGUCGAUGGAGCGGAAGUGGCCGAGCGGGUUAGCACACUGCGCCGUGGUUCGCAGCUGAUGUCGGGUGGUGGUGCGAACGGAUCCGUCCCGUCGGCGUCCGGUAUGGGUAAUGGUAGUGUCCGGCCCGGCUCCCGAGCGACCACUCCGCUGCACCAACUCCACAGUGCGGACAUGGGACAGCAACAGCAGCAGCAGCAGCCGUUUGAAGAUGUGCUGCUGCGGCAGCGCACUCUUGGACAGGACAUCAUCCCAUCGAUGACGCAGCCGAAACGCACCGAAAGCCUUUACCUGUCGAAACCGGCCAUCAACAGUGUGCCAUUGGGUGGUGCAGGUGGUGGUGGCUUUGGUGGAGGAGGUGGUGGUGGUGGUGGUGGUGGCGGCGGCGGAGGCGGAGGCGGUGGCAUGCGGUCCAGAGGUGGUGGCGGUGGCGGAGGUGGAAACGGAAUGGCGUUUAGUAGGGAGCCUAAGGACAAUGGGAAGGCACCACCGCGAUCUUUCGAGAAUCGAACUGGUUUCGGGUGA